UGCGCCUGGAAGAGGCCGCUCAGGGGCCGCCCCCUCCGUGCCGUGCCCCGAGCCUGCCGCGGGGACGACUGGGCCCUGCGUCGGCCCGAAGUGGCCGAAGCCGAAGCCGAAGCCGGAGGAGCCCCACGGGGGCGGCGAUCCCGGAGCAGCGCGCGAGUUCGCUUCCGAGACUUGGCGCGUGUCGGGGAGGCCGCGCCCCCGUCCUGCGGGUGGCACUGGGCGUGGCUAGCGGAGCGGGUCUGGGACGCGCCUGCAAGCUCGGCCCGGACCACCCAGGAAUGGCCCCGAGGCCUCCGGCCAUCGCGCCGCAGGAGUCUGUGACAUUCAAAGAUGUGUCUGUGAACUUCACCCAGGAAGAAUGGCAUUAUAUGGGCCCCGAGCAGAAGUGCCUGUACAGGGAGGUCAUGCUGGAGAAUUACAGCCACCUGGUUUCUCUGGGAUAUCCAGAUUCCAAGCCAGAGGUCAUCUACAAAUUGGAGCAAGGACAAGAGCCAUGGAUCUCAGAGGAGGAAAGUCAAAGCCUUUUCUGUCCAGACUGGAAGACCAGGCUUGAAGCCAAAUCCUCACAUCUGCAGCAGAGCAUGUUUGAAAUAUCCUGUAGCACAGAUGAGUCCUCCUGUGCCAUGCUAAAAGAUGUUUGGAACGUUAACCCAUUGGACAGGCACCAGGAAAACUGGAAAUGGUGUAUGGGGCCAGACACAUCUAUCCAGAAGAUAAUCACACCAGAGACAAAUUUCGAACACAAUAAAUAUGGUGAAAACUCAAAAUCCAGCACAGACUUGGCUGCACAAUUGAACAUCCCUUCCGAGUCUGCUAAGUGUGAUAUACCGGGAAACAAUUUGGCUCCCAGUUUAGACUUACCGAAUCAGAAUAAUAGCCUUGCAAAAAAGAAACCUUAUAAGUGUAAUAAAUGCAGAAAAGCCUUUAUUCAUCGGUCAUCACUAACCAAACAUGAGAAAACUCAUAAAGGAGAGGAAGCCUUUUCCAACGGUACAGACCAGGGGCUUUAUCCUGGAAAGAAGCACCAUGAAUGUAUUGACUGUGGGAAAACCUUUCUCUGGAAGACACAACUCACUGAGCAUCAGAGAAUUCAUACUGGGGAGAAACCCUUUGAAUGUAACGUGUGUGGGAAGGCCUUCCGGCACAGCUCCUCCCUGGGUCAGCAUGAGAAUGCACACACUGGGGAGAAACCCUACCAGUGCAGUCUCUGUGGGAAAGCCUUCCAGCGCAGCUCCUCCCUUGUCCAACACCAGAGAAUUCACACCGGGGAGAAGCCCUACCGGUGUAACUUAUGUGGGAGGUCCUUUAGGCACGGCACAUCCCUCACUCAACAUGAGGUCACACACAGUGGCGAGAAGCCCUUCCAGUGUAAGGAAUGUGGAAAGGCCUUCAGUAGGUGUUCUUCCCUUGUCCAGCACGAGAGGACUCACACGGGAGAGAAACCUUUUGAAUGUAGCAUCUGUGGGAGGGCUUUUGGUCAGAGCCCAUCCCUUUACAAGCAUAUGAGGAUUCAUAAGCGAGGAAAACCUUACCAAAGCACAGACUACAGCAUAGAUUUCAAGCACAGCUCAUCUCUCAUUCAAGAUGGAAGCACUCUCACUGAAGUGAGCUCCUACAAUGGCGCUGACCACGGGGAAGACUUCAGUCACACCACAGACUUGACCAAUCAGUCAAAGAGCCAUAGUGGGGAAAAUUCUUAUGAUUGUGAGCAAACUUUCAGUCAGCAACCAACUUCUCAUCCUGGAGAGAGACCCUAUCAGUGUAAUGUGUGUGGCAAAGCUUUCAAACGGAGUACGAGUUUCAUUGAGCACCACAGGAUUCACACUGGAGAAAAACCUUAUGAAUGUAACGAGUGUGGAGAAGCAUUUAGUCGGCGCUCAUCACUUACUCAGCAUGAGAGAACCCACACUGGAGAGAAGCCUUAUGAAUGCAUUGACUGUGGCAAAGCAUUCAGUCAGAGUUCCUCCCUCAUUCAACAUGAGAGAACUCACACUGGAGAGAAACCAUUUGAAUGUAAUGAAUGUGGCCGGGCCUUCCGCAAGAAAACCAACCUGCAAGAUCACCAGAGAAUUCAUACUGGGGAAAAGCCUUAUACUUGUAAAGAAUGUGGGAAAAACUUCAGUCGAAGCUCAGCUCUUACUAAACACCUGAGAAUUCAUAUGCGAGAUAAAUCCUAGAAAUCUUGAAGUUAAAGAUUGUUCAGAAAGCUUCUUCUAAAAUUGUGGUUCUUAUUUACAGUAUUAAAGAAUUCUUACUGGAGAGAAAGCUUGAGAAUAUAGUGCAGUUGUCAUUAUAUAUGCGUGGAGAGGAAACUCUAGUUGGCAAUGCAGGUUGGUUUUUUUUUGGCUACAUUUGCCAAUUUAAUGAUAGACUUUUAUAAAAAAAAAUGACAUUGUGUAUAACCAGAUGGAAAUGAUAUGCCUAUACAUUGAACUUUAUAAAGCUUCUAGGUAUAUGUGCAGGAGAUCACCAACUUUGAAAAGCUUGACUUGUGACUCUGUUUACAGCCUUUUUAAAAUAAAACUCCUGCAAUAAUGACCAAAACUAAUUUUUAAAUUUGCUUGACAAUGGUAUUCAACUUCCACUCUUAGUUUAUCAUGGAAACUAAAUCCACCUCCUGGAAUUCAUCAAUCAAAGAAUUAGAUCAAUUGGUCCAACCACUUCAUUGUACAGAUUAAAGAAACUGAAAACCAAAGAUGUGAAGUGGUUUGCACAGUGAUAACAGUUUAUUAUGACAAAGUUGGGUGGAUAGUGCAGGUUCCUGGACCUUUGGCCUUGUGAUGCUUUUCAAUAAAUUAUAUAACUAA